AUGGCUCCAAAUUAUUUAAAGGUUUCUACGGGAAGCACAGGCUCGAAGAGUCUUGCGACACCAACCGCGCACAUGGCAACAACAACUGUGAAGGUUGGUGGCAUGACAUGCGGAGCGUGCACAUCUGCGGUGGAAUCAGGAUUCAACGGUGUGGAUGGCAUUGGAAAUGUAUCAGUCAGCUUGGUAAUGGAGAGAGCUGUAAUUAUUCACGACCCAGAAAGAAUACCGGCCGAGAAAAUACAAGAAAUCAUUGAGGAUCGCGGUUUCGAUGCAGAAGUACUGGCUACGGAUUUACCAUCUCCCAUGUUCGAUAGAGAUGAACACAACGACGAUCCCACCGAUAAUUCUGACGAUGACGAGUCAAAUGAUGCGCCUAUAACCACAACAACUGGAGGGGGAUUUGCGGAUGUUCCGGGAGUGAAGACUUUCAGUAUUUCAUUACUGUCAGAAAGGGCAGUAGUCGAGCACGACACUACAAUAUUGACUGCGGAACAAAUUGCAGAAAUCAUUGAGGAUAGAGGGUUCGGAGCAACCAUUGUCGAAUCAAAUACAGCUACCUCUCCUUCACGAACACGUAAGUCGCGCCGCGACAGUACUUCGAAGAGAGAUAAGGUCGCCACAACUACUAUUGCUAUUGAGGGGAUGACUUGCGGUGCCUGCACAUCCGCUGUCGAAGGUGGAUUCAAGGAUCUCGAGGGUCUUGUGCAGUUCAAUGUCAGUUUACUUGCAGAGCGGGCCGUAGUUAUUCACGACCCCUCCAAACUAUCUGCUGAGAAGAUUGCCGAGAUUAUCGAAGAUAGAGGGUUUGAUGCCAAGAUUAUAUCCACACAAUUAGGCUCCAGUCAACAGUCGGCAGCUACCACAUCACAGUUCAAAUUAUUUGGAGUAGCAUCGGCUGCUGAUGCGACCGCUUUGGAAACCAAACUUUUAUCACUACCGGGUGUCAAUUCUGUAACAAUAAGUCUCGCCAAGAAUCGGUUAACUAUUUCUCAUCAACCAAAUAUCGCUGGGCUGCGAGCUCUCGUCGACCUCAUUGAGUCUCAGGGUUACAAUGCUUUGGUCGCUGAUAAUGACGACAAUAACGCCCAACUUGAAUCUCUUGCGAAGACUAGAGAGAUAACCGAAUGGCGUACCGCCUUCAAGACUUCUCUAAGCUUUGCUAUUCCAGUCAUUUUAAUCAGCAUGGUAUUUCCUAUGCUUAUCCCGUUUUUGGAUUUCGGAAGUUAUGUUGUCUUCUUUCCCGGAUUGUAUCUUGGUGAUAUCAUUUGUUUAAUUCUCACGAUACCCGUUCAAUUCGGCAUUGGAAAGCGUUUUUAUGUUUCUGCAUACAAAUCUAUGAAGCACGGUUCACCUACGAUGGAUGUUUUAGUUGUUCUUGGAACAUCUGCUGCUUUCUUUUUCAGUGUUGCAGCUAUGAUCGUUUCCGUUCUUCUUCCCCCUCACACUCGACCAAGCACUAUUUUUGACACAAGCAGUAUGCUUAUCACUUUUAUCACUCUGGGACGAUUUCUUGAAAACCGAGCAAAGGGCCAGACCUCGAAAGCACUUUCUCGCCUUAUGUCUUUGGCUCCGUCUAUGGCAACCAUUUAUGCCGAUCCAAUUGCUGCAGAGAAAGCAGCUGAGGAUUGGGAUACCAAAGAAUCAAAAGCCGAUCAUGCUCAGGAAGGAAAUGCUGCAGAGGAAAAGGUCAUCCCCACUGAACUUAUAGAAGUUGGCGAUAUCGUCAUUUUACGACCCGGUGAUAAGAUUCCUGCUGAUGGAACUGUUACCCGAGGUGAGACUUACGUUGAUGAAAGUAUGAUUACCGGCGAGGCGAUGCCAGUAUUAAAAAAGAAGGGAGGUUUACUCAUUGGUGGUACCGUCAAUGGUGCUGGUAGAGUCGACUUCCGUGUUACACGUGCUGGACGAGACACUCAAUUGAGUCAAAUUGUGAAGUUGGUUCAGGAUGCACAAACUACACGGGCUCCAAUUCAACGACUGGCUGAUACCAUUGCCGGCUACUUUGUUCCGUUCAUUCUUUGUCUCGGGUUUCUUACAUUCUCAAUUUGGAUGAUCCUUAGCCAUGUCCUUUCGCAUCCGCCAAAGAUCUUCGUGGAUGAAAAGAGUGGUGGGAAAUUCAUGGUUUGUGUUAAACUUUGUAUCUCGGUCAUUGUUUUUGCCUGUCCAUGCGCUUUAGGUCUUGCAACUCCCACUGCUGUGAUGGUAGGAACCGGUGUGGGUGCAGAGAAUGGAAUUUUGGUCAAAGGUGGUGCUGCUCUAGAGACGGCUACUAAGAUUACACAAGUUUUCCUUGACAAGACUGGCACAAUUACAGAGGGUAAAAUGAGCGUUGCAAAGAUCAACUUGGUUUCCGCCUGGACGAACAAUGAAUCACGUAAGAGACUAUGGUGGACAAUCGUUGGCCUUUCCGAAAUGGGCAGUGAACAUCCUAUCGGUAAAGCUAUUCUCGCUGCUGCCAAGGAAGAACUUGGAGUCGGCCCUGAAGGCACUAUUGAUGGGAGCAUUGGCGAUUUCGAAGCUGCCGUUGGUAAUGGUAUCAGCGCUUUAGUUGAGCCUGCUGUUAGCAACGAACGUACUCGUCACAGAAUCUUAGUCGGCAAUGUUCGCUACCUAACAAACAAUAAUGUAUCUGUACCCCAAGAUGCCAUCGAGUCUUCCGAAGAAGCAAAUGUCAAAGCUGCUGGAUCAUCUAAAACUUCAUCAGCAGGUACAACCAAUAUCUUUAUCGCCAUUGACGGAUCUUAUUCUGGCCACUUGUGUCUUGCGGACACCGUCAAAGAUAGCGCUGUCGCAGCCAUUGCCGCUCUUCAUCGUAUGGGUAUCAAAACUGCAAUUGUCACAGGUGAUCAACGUCCAACCGCGCUUGCGGUUGCACGUGUCGUUGGCAUACCACCUAAAAAUGUUCACGCUGGAGUUACCCCUGAUCAAAAGCAAGAUAUCAUUCGCAAGUUUCAAUCUCGUGGAGAAUGCGUUGCAAUGGUAGGAGAUGGAAUCAAUGAUUCUCCUGCUCUUGCCACAGCAGACGUUGGCAUUGCUAUGGCAGGUGGUACCGAUGUCGCUAUGGAAGCAGCAGACGUUGUUCUCAUGAGACCAAAUGAUCUUAUGGAUAUUCCCGCGUCUAUUCAACUUGCUAGAUCGAUUUUCAAUCGUAUUAAGCUUAAUUUAGCCUGGGCAUGCGGCUAUAACAUCGUUGGCCUUCCGUUCGCCAUGGGCAUCUUCCUUCCUUUCGGAUUACAUCUACACCCAAUGGCAGCAGGUGCAGCAAUGGCUUUUAGUAGUGUGAGUGUAGUAUGCAGUAGUUUGUUAUUGAAGACUUGGAAAAGACCCAGGUGGAUGGAAGAUGCUUUGUUAGAAGAAAAGGGACAACUGAGAAAGAGGGGCCAAGGUUGGGGCUUCGGAGGCUGGAGUGGAAAGGUUACGGAUGCUUAUAGAGUUGUUGUUGGAAGGGGCAGAGGUGACCAAGGGGGUUAUGUUCCUUUAAAUACUCUGGAACCAGUAUAG